AUGAUAAAAGUUCAUACAAAAUUAAAUAUUGUUGAUCGUCAUCGUAAGUUUAUAUGUGCUUGCAAAACAUGGAAACUUACUGGGAUGACAACAAGAGAAGCCGUCGAAGAUUUUAUAGUAAAAACGUAUAAACGUGUUCAGGAUCCGUUUGAUAUUGAAAUUCUUGAUCAAGACGAUGGCUUUGUCACUUUGAAUAAUACUUAUAUCGACGACUACAAAUGUUUCAAACCAAACAAAACAACGACACCUAGUGCUCAACCAACCAAUUCAGAAAGACAAACAUUGAUAUUACAAAUUAUUUUGUUAAAUUAUACUCAUAAAUCGAUUACCGAACAAGAAUGUGUGAAUACUACAGAAGGUAUGUUCACAUUCAAAAAUGGUUGUGCGUGUAAAUCGAUUAUUUCAUUAUAUAUAUAUUUAAUAACAGGUAUUCAACCAAAUAAAGAUACUCAACAAAAUGAUCAGUUUGUAUCGAGUUCAAAAUCACAAAUACAUUGUACUAUUCCUCUUUCUAAUGAUUCUAAAAUGGCUUUUGUUGAUGGUCUCAAUGUCAAUUAUGAACAACGAGAUCAAUACAUUUCUGAUGUAAUAAAUGUGGAUACAGGGAAAAUCGUUGGUAAACCUAGUAGGAUUCAAGCUCCAAAAACUUCAAAACGAAAAUAUGGAAGUAGAUUACCUCGAUUUCAGAUUGGUAUUGAUGAAGUUACAAACUGCAAUGAUCACGUUUUCACUUUGCUUGUUUAUAUUGUAUUGGAUAUAUAUCAAUCUGGAAAACGUUGCCUCUUUUAUCAUCCGGAGCGAGCUUUUAUCAAAGAAGAUAAUGUAAAGCAAUUGUUGGAUCGGUAUGAAAUACCUAUUACUACAACCAAGAAUUGGACGAGCGACAAGGGAGAAAAACUUGAAUUAAGAAUUAUGGCAAUCAAAGAAGCAAAAAAACAUCCUAGUGCACCCUUAGACAUGCUGUGUCAAUUCACAGAUAUUAAUGAAAGCAAAUUAUUACACUCAUCAGACGAUUAUAGGAAAUCUCGUUUAGUUCUUGUUCUUCAAAAAGAUGAUGUCAUUCAAUGGGAAACUUUAGUUUUAUCCAAUGAACUAAUUUUCACAAGUAAUAAAAAAUGA